AUGUCAUCUCCCGCAAUGGCUGCCCGCAAUACUCUGCGUCGCUCCCUACUUUACGUCCCGGGCUCGUCGCAGCGCUUUCUUGACAAGUCUCGCUCUUUGGCAGCAGACUGUCUCACCUAUGACCUUGAAGACAGCGUCACUCCGCACAUGAAAGCGGAGGCCCGCUCCCUCGUGCGGAGAGCGAUCGAUCAGCCCACACCGAGUAACAUCCGGAAACGGGCUGUGCGAAUCAACUCGGUCGACAGUGGUUUGGCACUGGGCGACUUGACCGAAGUGCUGCAAUCCCCGAACUUGACUACAAUUGUUAUUCCCAAGGUCAACUCCGCUUCGGACCUCACCUUCGUCACAGACGUGAUAAAUCACACUCUUGCACAACAGAAGAAUCAAUCUCCUGAGGCUCGUCCCCCAAUUUCUCUCUCGCCCUUGUCGAAUCCGCUAAAUCCACUCACAAACUUAACCCAAAUUUGCUCCUCCACCCCACUCCUCCAAGGUCUCAUUUUCGCUGCCGAAGACUUUGCCCUAGACCUCAGUAUUACGCGUACCCCAUCGUUGACCGAAUUCCUCUUCGCGCGCUCUGCAAUCGCAACAGCCGCCCGCGCCGCAGAGCUCCCUUCGACAAUCGAUCUGGUCUGCACAGCCUACAAAUCCGAUAAAGCGGACGGCUCCCCACCCGCGACGCUGGAAGAGGAGUGUCGCGAUGGAAGGCGACUUGGAUUCAAUGGAAAGCAGUGUAUUCAUCCGACUCAGGUGAAGACGGCGAAUGCUAUUUUUGGACCGGAUGAGGAGGAGACACGGUGGGCUGUUCGGGUUGUUAUUGCAGAUGAGAAGGCUGCUGCUGCUGGUCGGGGUGCUUGGACGUUGGAUGGCAAGAUGAUCGAUGUGCCGGUGGCCGAGAAGGCAAGGCUAUUGUUAGGAAGGCAGCUGCCUGUGGGAUUGAUGUUGAGGAGUUGCAGAAAGAGUGGCAGCAUCAGGAGCCUGAAUAGGGCAUUCUUUUUAUGA